CACAGUGAAGAGGAGGAUGAGGGGAGAAGAGGAGGAGGAGGAGGAGGCAGGCAGAGGAAGAAGAAUCAUGAAGCAUUCAGCCACAAUUUAGCCCCAAAGACGGCGGGAGAGCAUCGCAGCUUCCCUGGUUGCUGCACGGCCGACUGGACGCUGGAAGGGCGGCAGGAUGGAGGAGGAGAAGCACUUUCUCUGUGGGGUGGUGGAAGGUUUCUAUGGGAGACCAUGGUCAAUGGACCAGAGGAAAGUUCUCUUCCAAUGGAUGCAGGACUGGGGUUUGAAUACCUACCUGUACGGCCCAAAAGAUGACUUAAAACACAGGCUGCUGUGGAGAGAAGUCUAUUCACCUGAGGAAGAAGGUCAGCUGCGCACUCUGAUUGCGGAGGCCCAGUCAAGAGGCCUCGGGUUUGUUUACGCCCUCUCUCCCGGCCAGGACAUCGUCUUCUCAUCCCCCUGUGACUUGACGCUUCUUAAACGCAAGCUGAGACAAGUGUCCGAUCUGGGCUGCCAGGCGUUUGCCAUCCUGUUUGAUGACAUCGACCACUCCUUGUGUCAGGCCGACAGUGAGGCCUUCUCUUCCUUUGCACACGCUCAGGUCACCAUAACCAAUGAGAUUUAUCACUUCCUGGGGGAGCCGCCUGUCUUUCUCUUCUGCCCGACAGAGUACUGCGCUUCUCUGUGUUCUCCCAGUGUGCUGAAAUCUCCAUACCUGCAGACCGUUGGAGAGGACCUGCUUCCUAACAUCACAGUCAUAUGGACAGGAAGUAAGGUCAUCUCAAGAAAACUGUCUGUGGACUGUCUGGCUGAGGUGGAGUCCGUACUCCAGCGUCCUCCACUCAUCUGGGACAACUUGCACGCCAACGACUAUGACUCCAGGCGCCUUUUCUUGGGUCCAUUCAAGGGACGCGAGCCUCGGCUCAGGGCCCGCUUAAGGGGCCUCCUCCUCAACCCCAACUGUGAGUUUGAAGCCAACUACAUUCCGCUGCACACGCUGGCAAGCUGGUACAGAGCUGGGAGCGAUGAGAGGAAAGAUGAGGAGCCAGGUUAUUCACCUGAAACAGCUUUGUCUGCUGCACUCCAUGACUGGCUGGAAGACCUCAACCAGCCUCUACAAGCAGGAAGGCAGAGUGGACGAGACCAGCGUUGUUCUGUCGCGGCUUCUCGAUGCAAAACUCCAGACAGAUCCGACUGCAACGCCACUUUGAGGGGGACCUCCGUAGUGGCUAAACUCCCCGUGUUCCCCCUCGAUUCUAGUUCCCCUCCUCCCUCACCUACUAAAGCCAAAGGAGACAGGGAAGUACGCGAGGGUGAAAAGCGACGGCAGACCGGUCAAGCAAACCACCAAACCCAGGGAACCAGGCAUGGAGUGCCUUCUGGGGGAGGCCAUGGACACAUAGCCCAGGGUCGAAGCCUCGGUAGUAGGAAGGGCCAACUGAGUGAGUCCCAGGUGCGGCUGCUGGUUGGCCUCUAUUACCUUCCUCAUGAACAUGGCCCAUCAGCCCAGAAUCUUCUUCAAGAUCUCACCUGGCUGAAAACAAACUGCCAUCUUGUCAGCAUGAACAGCAAGAAAGGUUUACCCCAGAAGGUGGACGAAUGGCGAGGCCGGGCCUCCAGGUUCCUGUCUCUGUGUGAAGACAUAGCGCAGCUGCACUGUAGCGUUGUUGGUGGGGCCAAUCGGGCAGUGCUGUAUGACCUUUACCCAUAUGUAUGGGACCUUAGAAACAUGGCACUUGUGGCCAAGGCCUUUAUUUGCUGGCUAGAUGGUCGUGUGUUGAAUGACAGCACAACCAUGGCCUCCUGGAGGAACUGCUUUCAUUGGUGUGGGAUGGCCUCAGUAGGGGAUGAGCUGGGAGAGGAGGCGGAGCCAUGGGUGUUUAAAGGAGGCGUCGCUGGGGAAGUGCAGAUGCUCCUACCAAUAGGCAGCAGCAGUGAGCUCUUCACGCACCCCCCUCCUCUCUUUCCCACCUCACGUCUCUACAACAUCAGGCCCUACCAUAGCAAGGACAAGGUGGAGUUAUAUCGGAUGGUGCGUCAGCUUCACCUGAGGUCCCAGUGUGUCCCAGAGUCGAGUGCUUCUCACCCAGAUGUGGUAGGAGACAGGUGUUUGGGACCCUGCUUGGCUUUGUGCCCCGAGUAUAGCUUCAUCCUAGAGGACGAGCUGGGGGUCUGUGGUUGCAUUUUGGGCAUUUUGGAUGUGCGCUCUUUUGCCAAGCGCUGUCAGGCCAGCUGGUUGCCCGCCAUGAGGGACAAGUACCCACCCAAAGGGGGCCACUCCAACACACAGAGCUUGGUCAAGUUGAUGGAAGAGGACCAGGGAGAAUACCCGGACUCGCUCGUACAUCACUUUCCCUCUCAGCUACGUCUGGACGCCCUGCCCGAGUUGGUGGACGUCAGCGUCAGCCGCACGCUCCUUGCCGCCCUCCUGACGGCCCUCAAAGCCAAUGGUUCACAGGGUGUGUUCUGUGAGGUGCAGCCAACGGACCGUCAGAGGCUGGAAUUCUUGACCAAACUGGGCUUCUUGGAGAUCCUCAGAGGGGAAGCCAGGAGCAGAGAAGGGGUGGUGAUGGGCAGGCUGCUUUGAGCACAACACCCCCAUUCACAUACACACACAAACAUGCUAACAUGCACAGCAACAUGUAAAGACGCAUGCAGUAGUUACACCUAGACAAUUAUGUGUAAAAGAAACGUUACUUAACAAAGACAAAACGGAGAAUGUGUUAAUUUUAGGACAUCAAUAUGUCCUUUCAAGGGAAGACUGUAAAAAUAAAGAAGAUUAAAGAGGGAGCAGCGUGUUUACACCAAUCUGGACUUCAAAUGAGGCAGUAGAUUUCUGCUUAUUCGCUGUUAGCGCAAAUCUAUUUUCGGUUUUGAAUGGUAAAUAACUAGUUUAUAUGUGGUAACCUCAAUAGAAAAUUGUUUCAUGGCACGUUCUGUAUUGGAAAAAUAGUGCUGCUAUGAAUCCAGCUGAGGAUGCUGUCUCACAAGUUGAUUCACAACUUUUUCCAGCAGGAAGAUACUUUGACAAGACGUUUUGUAAGAUCAACACUGUAUACCAGGGCCAUUCAACGGGCGGCCCGGGGGCCAAAGUUGAAGUUCAGUUCAAAACGUUGGAGACUUCUUUUUGCUGUGUCCUCCUAAAAUUAAUGGAGCGCUUCUGUUGUGCAGAGGACUUGAAACAGAGUAAGAACAUUGUCUUAUCCUUGCAUUGACAUUUUGACCAUCAAAAGGCCCGCGUCCCUUGCAUUUUGCAUAACUAGGCUAUUUUGUUCCUAACUGUGGAAUUCGAAUAUGAGAACUAGCACAAAACAAAUGUUGUUGCUGGUUCUCAUAAUAGUGGAGGGCGAAGUCCGGCCCGGUCUUUAGCUUUGUGAAACUGUGGCCCCGAGAAUAAUAUAGUUGAAUAGCACUGCUGUACACCAAGAAUAUACAAUACAUAAUAUAUUGUUUUGGGGCACACAUUUAUUGAAAGCUAAAGAUCAGAGCCCUGAACUUCUCCAUUCACUAUUAGUCUUAUUUUCCAUACAACCGAGAACCAGCGUCUUCUGCAGUGACAGUGAUUUUUUUUUCUUUUUCUCAGAGUUAUAGAAGCACUGUGCUGUUUUUAAGGAGCUUCUGCAAAACUAUGAGUCAAAGAUCAUCUCUAUGACAGCAGAAGAAUCUGAUGCAAACAUUUUUUUUAACUAAACUCGAGGGCCAACAGUUAAAUAGCCCAAAAUAUGAAAAAGGGAGGACCUUAAAUGGAACCUCGAGGAAAACCACUAGAAUAACUAGUGGCUACUGACUACAUCUGAAGUAAACAGGCUACAGCAACACCCUCAAUUAUAUCAUGAAAAAUAACUUCUAAAAAUAAUAUGACUUAAUGGAGUGCCUUGAGGAACACCGCAGUUAUAUAAAUCACAAGUUUGGACCCCAGUGUACUGGUUUUGCUUGCAAGGUUAACAUGUCAAUGCAAUGAUCUGCCAUCAUUCUACAGGAGCACACAAGUGUUUUGGGGAGUUUGCUGCAACAAAUGUUUGUCUCCCAAGCUUUGAACUGAACUCUAGGGUCGGUAUAAUGUCAUUCCCGGUUGGAGUUUGGCCCCCGGGCCACCAGUUGAAUAGCCCUGCUGUAUACUGUAUGCUGUAAAUGUAUGAAAGUUAGUGGCCUAUUAUUGGGUUUAAAGUAUCAAAAAUAGACAUUUUAGAGCUUUUUAGGACAUAUAACCUGCGAAUAGUGAGGAUCUACUGUACUGUAAAGCAUGUCCAGGUAAAAGGUUUCCAAUACAUCCUGACCAUCUGACCUUGACCUCUCCUUUCCCCACAACUUUAGAAUGUCAUAUGCUAGCUCUUGGAGAGUUUGCUUUGUUUCAGUGAAUGUUAACAUGCAUGAAAAAGUAAACAUUGAGUGGAUAUUUGUGGGUAAAACAAAAAUUUAGGCGGUUUAACGCACGGUCACAUAACCACACUGUUUAGAGUCAUCAUGCUUGUUAAGUCACACACUGCAGACACUCUUGCAUGUGCAUUAAAGCCAACACCUACCUAAUGUUUACAUCGGGUUUAAUUGAUUAAACCUUCAUUUGGCAUUGUCACAGGUGACGACAAGUGCGCUGCCAUUCUUAGAAAAUACGUUCUCAAAUAGACAAGCACACUAACACACACGCAAAUGCAUAAGCAGCACAACAGCACACACAGAAACACACACUUAGAAUGUUCAUUUCUUGUAACACGUUCAAGAGAAGCAGUUUGUGCUGGUAUUUUGUAUUUUUACCUUAUGAUUCUUUUCUACAAUUACGUUUUAUCAAUCAACUGAUUAUAGACUGUAAGGCACUUUUGUAUAUUUCUUAUGACCAAACUCAUCACAUCAGCACUGUCUGUGACAAAAAAAAAAAAAAAUCACAAAAUAAAUAUUGAUUUAAAAACAGAAAGAAAAAAAAACACUCUGGCAAAAAAUUAACCGAACGUCUGAUUAAAAAAAGAUGUCUUCAUGGGUAAUAGUGGUGGUAAAUAUAUUGACAAAAAACAGGCAGUGUGAAACUGUGGAAAAACAACUAACAAUCAUAAUAAAAGUUGUCUCUCACUGAGUGUGUACACUGAAUGCAGUGAAAAAAUGUCAUGUCAACAAUGUAUUCACUGACUGACCUAAUACAUUUAAACAAAAAAAUAA